UUCCUCCAAACCAGUUCCAACAAUAACAGCAACUCCUGCUGCAGCUGCCUCGUUAGGGAGAAGAUGUGUUUUGCCUUUCUCUGCUGAGAGAUGAAGCUUCCGAAUCUGUGUGAUGUGAGCAGGUGAGGAUGUCUGCUGACAAGUCCAAAUGAUAUUUCCAGGUGUUCUACUGAUCUUGGCACUGACAGAAGAGCUGGUGUUUUCUGUUCAGGUACUGUCUCCCACUGUCUCCUCCUCUCAGGGCUUCCCGAUGAACACUACCACUGUCACAGCCAUGGGAACAACGCCUCGCCACAAAGACCACCAUGCAGCAGAGCCCCUUCCCACGUCUGCUCACACCGUGCCCCAUUCCAUCAGCGUGGUGGAGAAAGCCCCUUCCACCGGGCAAAAGCAAGCGAGUGGCCCUCACCUCGGCGACAAGGAAACAUAUCAUUUACACAACCGGAGUGCUUUGUACUCGGGACAGACUCGCCCCAAGGGGAAAAUAUUCCAGGUUUUCAAAGGCAACUUCACAGAGUCCUCAGAGCCUUACCUAAAGACGACCCUGCACUCUCCCUUCCCUACCCUGAGGAGCCCUUUCACAGACCACCCCUUUCAGUCCCAGACCACAGCAUCCAGUGAUCCGAAUGGCAUGGGGCUGGCAAGAACUACACACUCAGACCCUUCACCCCACCACAGCACCUCGGGAAGCCUUAGGGAAGCAGAGCGAGGUGACGGGGCCGAGCUAAUGCUGCAGGAGGCAGAUUUUGCCACCACAACUGCUGGACCAUCAACCGAUCCUGAAGCGGUGUCGGUGCCUUUUAAACCCACCCACUACAGCGUAUGGGAUAUGCUGAGCAAAAACAACUCUUGGGUAACCUUGAACCUCAGUACAAACGUCCCUCUGUUUGCUGGCCCCGGAUCUGCAACAGCAGCAGCGGGGCACUCAGUUCAGACCAGUUUUGAUGUCAGUGUCUCCUCCCCGGCAGCGGGAGAUCCCAAGGGACCCUCUCCAACACAGCGUGGCACGGUGACCAACGUGACCUUGCUAAGCACUGCUCUCUCUGCAGCUCCUGCCACCAGGUUGUCCAGUUCCAUUUCCACCGCUGGCUCCACCGCCACUGGGAACUUCCUAAACAGGCUGGUUCCUGCUGGGACCUGGAAACCUGGAGUGCAAGGAAACAUCUCCCAUGUCACCGAGGGGGACAAGCCCCAGCACAGAGCAACCAUCUGUCUCAGCAAGAUGGACAUUGCCUGGAUCAUUCUGGCUAUCAGCGUACCUAUAUCCUCAUGUUCUUUGCAGCUGCUGAGGGAGCAGGAAGAGUUUGAAAUCCUGGUCUUCGGGCACCUGCGGGAGCAGGGCAGUGUAUGGUGUGGGCUGUACGUUGCACAGUGCGCGCUGUACGGUGUGGGGUGCACGGUGUGGGACAUGCGAAGGGGACUGUCGCCACCUCCCGGGCACAGGCGCCUGCAGCUGAGGACCGACGGCCCGCGCUGGCAUCGUCACUUCUGGUCUAAAGGGGGCUGA